GUUCCGCUUCUCGCUCACUUCUAUCACCGACAGAGAUAAGAAUGGUACUUGAGAAGUGUUUCAUAUUUUUCCUAUCUAUCACGCAGGACUUAACUUUCAAGUCAUAACGCACUAUUCGUCACCCUUUCGGGCUUGGACAGUUCUAACAGUGUACCUAAAAGCAAAUUAAAAGCAUGCUGUCUAACUUCUCUAAAUGUGAGAAGUUUCAAACAGGCGCCCUGCCUGUGGUGUAUGGAGUUGAGUUUGUCGUGGCUCUGGCUGGAAAUCUGUUCGCCCUGUGGCUGCUGGUCGUCAAAGAGAGAAGAAACUGGCACACCGGUGUUGUUCUGUCAUGCAACUUAGCCAUCAGCGACCUGCUGUACGUCCUCACCCUGCCGUUGUUAAUCGUCUACUACUCAAAGGACAAGCACUGGAUGUUCGGCGACGCUGUGUGCAAGCUGGAAAAGUUUCUUUUCACAUGCAACUUAUAUGUGAGCAUCUUCUUCAUCAUGGCGAUAAGCGUGAAUCGAUGCGUGGCCCUCGCUUGUCCAUUUUUCACCCGCUCCUAUAUAACGCCUGGCCACGCCAAGGUCACCAGUAUAGUCAUAUGGGUCAUCGUUGGAGUCAUUUCCAGUCCGGUGUUGAAAUUUGCAUCUGUUUGCUCAGAUGGGUCUAAUAACAAAAUUCAGUGCGUGUCCUUCUGCAACAAGACUGAACACCCUCACUAUGUUUACAAAUUUUUCCUCUCUAUGUUUGGGUGUCUGUUUCCCUUCCUGGUUACUUUCACUUCUUACUGUGUGGUGAUUUGGGUAGUUUGGAAGAAUGUUAACAUAACCCCUCUUGAGAAACGCAAAGUCGCCCUGUUAGUCGCAUCAGUGCUUGUGCUGUAUGCCAUUUCUUUCGUGCCUUAUCAUUUCUUUCAGAUUUAUCACUUGCAUCUAAGAUUAUUGCAUCCGGACAACACUGUCUGUUGGAUCUAUGAUAUGUACCAAGUGUCAAAGGGACUGGCAACUGUGAACAUGUGUAUCCAUCCGGUCCUUUACAUGGCUGUGUUUGACAGUAUGAGAGUAGCAUGUUGUGGAAAAAGCUCAGAAGACAACAUCGGGGGGUGAUGAGCUGUUGCUCUUGUUGUGGUUUUUGUGUACAGUCUAACACAUGCAAUGCAAUGCAUAUAGCACUUGCUUGACUUUCUUGUAGCUAUCUUAUUUCAAAGUGUUACUAGUCUCUAUUAUGACUUUUCUAAAACACUUUCAUUGUGUUUCUUUUGGUUAAUUUCCUGUUGGCCUAGUUCAGCAAUAAAAAUUAUACUGAAUCA